AUGAAGCUAUCAGCGUUUACGCUUAUUUUACACAUCCAGAAUUACGACGGCCCCAUAUAUUUGCACGCGCCCAUAUCGUGCAAGGAGGACUCGUGCAAGACGUUGCACGUCUCGAAAGACCAAUGCCACCAGAGCUCCAAGUGCGAUACGGCAUGCUCGUGCGUCAGUAGAACGUCGCCUUUAUGCGUUCCAAUCAACACGGCCUCGGAGAGCUCUUGCGCCGCUGGUUCGUGUUACUUUGGGUACCCCUGCGACCCGUACCAGGCACAAAGUGACACCAAGAUUUACUACGCGCUGGAGAAGCAGUGGAACCCGACCUGUCCCAGCCUCCUGGACUGCACGCCUUUGGAGCACGCUACAAGAGACAGGAAUCAGCACUGUUGUAAAUGCGCAUGUCGCCGC